GCUCAAAAUGGCCGAAUUUCUUGACCACCUCGUUAACAUGUACAUAUCUGUAUAUUUGAGAGUUUGGUCCUUUGAAGAGACAUGACAUUACGACGGGAUCAAGGGAUCGAGAUAUUCCAACGAAUUUUAUAAAAUUUCAGUAAUUUUAUUUUUUUCAUAACUCUGAAGGAGUGUUUCCUUCCUUCUAGCAAAAUCGAGUUUUUACGGUUUAUUAUUCGAGUGGAUUGUUUUAUUUCAAAAAUUGGAUUUUGAAAGACGUCCCACGGACCUGACAUCAUGGAAAUAUCUCUUGUGUUUCGAAGUUCCCUAACGAAUGGAUCCAAUACACUAGUGAUGUAAAUACUAUAGAUGAAGCACGUGGCCUUGUACCUACCAGAUCUACAAAUUCGACAACAUAUCUUGGGAUUUUCUCGAAACGAUUUGAUAAACUGGUGUUAUAAAACGGGACAGAACUUUAGCUUUUUGGACUGAAGAUGCUUCAAAGACUUUUUCACGACAGUGUAUCACUUGUACUUCUUCAUCUCUAAAUUUGUCGAAAUUGGAUUUUCGGUUACCACGACAACAUGAACCUCACACCGUUCAACUCGGAAGGACACCCCGCUCCUCGUCAUACCUCGUUUUUCAUCGAAGACAUUUUACUUCACAAACCAAAACAACUUUGUCGUGACGUCAGUUCUCUUUCAGCGCUAGUACGUCAUCCAGGUCUCUCAGAAUACGGGUACCCUUGUCUAGGGGGCGCUCAUGUCAUCUACCCGCACCAGUUUUUUCAGCAUGCCCAGGGAUUCAUGCCAAAACAUUCCGAGCACCCGUUUCUAAUCCCGACCUCCGCCGGCUUCCCACUAAACCCCCUGUUCCAACAUGACACCCCGGGGAAACAUACCCACUGCCGACGGAGGAAAGCGCGCACUGUCUUCAGUGACCAACAGUUAAAUGGAUUGGAGAAGAGGUUCGAAUCUCAACGCUACCUAUCAACUCCCGAGAGAGUGGAGCUCGCCUCUCAGCUCAGUCUGUCGGAAACUCAGGUAAAAACAUGGUUUCAAAACAGAAGAAUGAAACAUAAAAAGUUACAAAAGAAAGGAGACGACGCCGACGACGACGAAAAUACCAGCGAAAUGAAUGACGACUCAAAUACUGCAGACAAUUUCUCAUCUAAACACGGUGACAGCUCGCCUGUAGAGGGCAUGCCAUCUCUGUCGAGUGGAAGAUUAAAUUCCAGUUACGUUCAUGCGCAGUCUAGUGCUUCUGGUGUUACCAUUUACGAUGAUUCUGACAACGAGGCAGAUGAGGAAAUCGACGUUGUUGACUCUGACAGUGAAAAGAUACCAUGAUUAAUUAUUUCAAAUUGUACAUCAUCAUAUUUUAUAUCAUUGUUAUGACCGCCAUAAACUUUAUCAUUAACGUUUCAACCACACCGGAUCCAGUAUCAAGUUUUGUAAUAAUUCUGGGUGUAUUUGUUGAUAUAUCCACCAUAUUGAUAUCGUUUGUUAACAAGCCUAGACCAUGUAUUCGAUGUACAAAGCCAACUUUUCCGCUUAGUUUUCUGGAUCCGUCUCAUUUGAUUGAAACGCUUGAAUAUUUAUCUAAGUUAACAUUGUAUUAUUUAAUAAUUGACGUUUUUUUUAUCAAUAUUUCUUAGUCAUUUUCGACAAGUUGUUAUCGAUGCUAUCACCAAUGAUACGUUUAUUUAAGUAAUCAUUACAGACUACGCCAUAACGCCAUAACAUUCCCUAUGAAGCAAACCCUUUCAUUUCGUCCCCGUGAAGCAUUCCUUUUCAUUUUGUCUCCGCGAAGCAUUCCCUUUCACUUUUGUCCCCGCGAAGCAUUCCCUUUCAUUUCUGUUAUUUAAUUGGUGCUCAAUUAUUUACAUUUUAUGUGACAACGAGUUUAUGAUAUGUUACUUUUUACAUAUAACUCAACCAUCCAGCUAAAGCAUUCAUUAGUUCUACAUUUUACCUUUGGUUCUCCCUGUCAAAUAAUUGCGAAAAAUAAUGAGAGUAACGUUUUAAAUAGAAACAUGAAAAUGUUUAAUGGUAAAACAUUUGUAAACAACACUCAGCUGUCCAUGUACGACAUGUAACAUUAUAAUUGAAAUAUCAAUUACAUCGUUAACAUUCCAAACCAAUUAAAAGUCACUAUUUAAGAUGACGAGACUUAACGAGCUGUCCACGAGCGAGGUCCUAAAUAAAACACUGUCUUAUUUGAUCUGACAAAAUAUGAAAGCUCAACGCUGACAUUACCGUACGUCAGAGUACGUAUAUACUCGGCUUAAUUUAUAUGUCUCUGAGUACGUGUAGCAGGUUUCCACGAACAGUACAGGUAGUGAUACCUGGUAAACUAUAUAUAUAUAUCCAUACCAGUAGUACAGAUGAAAGUUCAUAUAUCCAUACCAGCAGUAACAGAUGAAAGUUUAUAUAUCCAUACCAGCAGUAACAGAUGACAGUUUAUAUAUCCAUACCAGCAGUAACAGAGGAAAGUUUAUAUAUCCAUACCAGCAGUAACAGAUGAAAGUUUAUAUAUCCAUACCAGCAGUACAGAUGAAAUUCUAUAUAUCCAUAACAACAGAUGAAAGGCUACACAAUCCAUUAUAUUAAUCAAAGAAACAGUAAUCCGCCAGCAGCACGAACAAGCACACUACCUAUAGUAUCUCAAAAGUUCCAAGACUGAAUGAAGUCAGAUUUAAACGUUCUGGUCCAUACGCAUGUAGUGUUAGUCACAAUGCGCAUGCGCAUGUCGUCAGGUUUGGUGUUUCUGUGGAAGCCCAACGGUACCAUAUAAAAUGAAACUAUUCUCGUAACAUGAACUAUGUACGCAGUCCCCCACCCCAAGGACUCACUUGUUCUCCUAAUACCGUCCGCCAACUCACGUACUCCCCUACCACCUCCCCCUCCCCUGCGGUACCUCCCUCCCUUGUCUACCAACUCACGUACCCCUCCAUCAUAUCGUGGUGCUCACCCCCAACCUUCCCCAUCCCUUCUCCCAUAGUGUGGUACCUACCUCCACCCUUGUCCGUCACCCUGCGUACCCACUUUCACUCGCAGAAACCAAUCUUUGUAUCCUUGUAGUGAAGUGAGAUGAUAAUUUAUCGUGCUGUUAUGUGGAAAAUUUUGUGUCAGAGAAAGACGAAACUGUAUUAUAUUACAAUGCAUAUUUUAAAUGUUUUAUGUUGUUUUGUUUUGUUAAUUUUAGUCUCAUCCAAAUACUGUAUCAAUCGUUCUGUAACCAAUGGGAAUGUUUCGUAUGACAUACAAAAUUUAUGUAAAUGGGAUGUGUCACUGUGACGUUAACACAAAACUUACGUGCUCUGACGUCACACUCUCUUUUAGGCAUGUUAGUUCAGAACUAACGAGUAAUAAUGGUGGAUGCACGUGUAUGAAAACAUAUACCAUGUAUGUAGUGUAUGACAGUUUACUUACACGUGUGUGCUAUAUAUAACAAUGUACAGUUUUCAUUGUUUAACAUUUUAUUAGAUUUAUGCAUGCAUUCUAGUGUCGUAUGCACGCGUAUGUCCUGUCCGCACGUGACUUAACUGACACGCGCAAACCUAACGUACACGUGUGCAUCAGGAGAUCCAUGUUGCAUUUAUCAUGUUAUAGUAUUAGUGCUUACAAUGAUUUGUGUUAAAACCCGUCGGAGAAAUAUUGAAAUAUUGAAACUAUGAAUAAACU